GCAGCACUGCCCGCACACACUACUACUAGUAGCUUGCUGGAUAACGAUAGCAAGCUACAUUUCUAUAUGUAACACCAGCUAGCUAGCAGGCUUGUUACCUGCUAACGUACUUGGCAUGACUGAAGUUUGUAUUGAUCCAGACCCCAUUGACGAGGAAAGAAAUAUAGUUAAACAUGUUUAAGAAUGACUAUCAGGGUGGAGCUGUGGUUGAGAUCUUCAGUGCACAUGGCAAAGAUCCUGUGGCAAAAUGGAAGCUCUGUGGAGGGCAGUCAGCAAUAAGGAAAGACUUUGACAAAGAGGUCAAAGGCUUUGUGUACAUAUUGGAUGGUAGCAGUCAGACAAUUAAAAUGCAGAUGCCAAAGGAUAGCAAAAUGUCUCUUUGCCUUGUUCAGAGAUUCUUGGUCCUCCAAUUGAAUGUUCCUCUAUGUAAAGAAUUUUCGACAGAGCUUGUAAUAACUGAUUCUGGGCAUCUUAAAAGAAGACUUUACUUUUCAACUGUUCAUAAAGAGUUCUCUGCAACGCCUUUGCAUGCUAGGAUACCUUUUGUUGGACUGAAACGUUGCAUUUGGUGCAACAUGUGCAUCGACCUUGUUUCAUUCAUCGCCGAGCUUUUUAAAGGAGCUGGCUUCUUGAGCUUGGACGGCAUCACUUUAUCUGCCAGCUGUAAGCUCAGAAGAAUCUUCACCAUGAAGGAGGAGCCUACAGGGGCCUCAGUUGGAGACUUGUUCCUCAGUGGGAGUGGUCCUAGAGAUCCUAUUCCCCGGAGCUGCCAGUUUCCGUCUGAUGUACAACAUGUGACUCAAGUCUUGAAUAUGGAGAAAAUAAGACUGGCAGGUGCAAGGGUAGCCCCAGUGAACUGUGAAUAUGAUCAGUCAGGCAGUGCCCGGUUGACCAGCGCACGAAGCUUGAGGACCCAAGAAGCCUCCCACAUAGCGUUUGGGUCAAGGGUCGCAGGACCCCCCCCUCUCACUGGGAGAAAGAACAGUGGACCACAAGAGGAGUGUGAUCCUGAGCCCAGACCAAGCCAAAUGUGGGCUGCUGUAGAAAGACUGAAUAAUGCAGACAGGAAUGAGAGACAGCCUUGUCCCUGUGCCCAGGAGAAUGACAUUGUUCAUGAGCUGUCAGUGUCUACGGUGCAGCCAGGGAGUCUGCAGCCUCAGCCCCCCAGAGACAGAAAUAGGGCCUCUGAUAGGCUGGCCUCUAGGAGGCUACGGCUUCACAGUGCUGGGAAAGAGAAGCCAGCUCCCACAGGGACAUCUGACAUGGUGCGUGGCUUCAGUGGAGACAUGAGAGCCUCUGGUCAGAUGUCAGCUCCUCCAUCUAGCAGGGACAAGAGGAGCCAACAACCUCUGGACCUCAGACAGACGAGAGAAGGCCGGCCAACAGAUGAGGUGUUGUCUCACAGUCCUGUGGAGGAGAGGAGCUGUUGGCAUCCCUGCUCCAGGCUUCCUGCCAGGCCCAAGUCUAGGCAGCCCCCCACAGGCCUACUCCCCUCACACCUCCAGCGAGGGAGUGACGAGGGCAGUGAGCCCCAUCUCUCUAUGGAUGAGGUGUUCACGUUUGCCUCACAGCCCCACUCUGCCAGGAGAGGGCAGGGACGGCGGGAGCCAGAAGAGCCGAAAGACGAGGAGAAGGAUUUGGAGAUCUCUGACAUACAGAUGGAUACUGGAGGAUGCAGGGGAGCCCGGCCAGAGGACGACUUCAUUGCUAGUGAGAGUGAUGAGGAAGAGGCCUCCACUAGGUUCCUUCAAAAAAGGUGCAGUAUUGUCUACAUUCCUGCCACUCCGAGGCCAUCCAGUCCAGGUGGGGACACUCCUCUCAGGCCUGAAUCCAGUGCUGCAGACCGCACACCUAUCAGACGGACCAUCCCAGCCGACUCUCCAUCCAGCAGGAGUGCAGAGGUGGCAGGGAUGGUCCCAACCCGCUGUCUCUCUCCCAGCACAACCACCCAGGGCCAUGGCCCGGGACCUGAGGGAGUGAGCCGGGACCAGAGAUGCAGGACAUCAGUGAGCAGGACCUCCCUCAAAGAGAUCCCCCCAGGAGACUUCAGACUGUUGCAGGUGCAGGGGGAGAGGAGUCUGGCGCGUGUCGGAACCAGCAGCUGUGACCUGCAUCUGCUGAGCAGUCUGCACAUGCAGGAGGAGGAGGAAGAGCUGCGCAUGCUGGCAAGUCUGCGCCGGGAGCAGGAGGAGGAGGAGGAGAUGGAAGGAGCAACAGGUCUCACUUCCUCCCAGAUCCACCAAUGCAAUGUCAGCAUCAGCACCAGCAGUGACGACACCUCCACCUGGACACUCAUCCCCGCGCCAUCCAAUCAAGGACAUCACUAUCAAAAUGAAAUGAACCCUCUCCUACACUCCAAUCCAAGAGAAUGGAUGAAUGUCCUCAGUCCUCCCAUUCUCUCAUCCAGCCUGCUUAAGGGGUCAGGGGACACUUGGGACCAUCACAAGGAUCCUACCAGAGGGGCUGAUGGCUCAGACAAGGAGAACAGAGAGGAGAACGAGGAGGAAUAUUUAAAUCUGCUCUAUGAUCCCUGUCUAAAUUGCUAUUUUGAUCCCCAUACUGGAAAGUACUAUGAGCUGGCCUGAUUUAAAACCUUUCAUAAUAAAACAC